AUGCCUCGACGUAUUUACCCAGAUAUAUCGCUGCGUAGACCUGGUGCACCUUCCGCUGAAGCCCGCAAGAGGAAGGCCAAGGAGACCGACACGACCCUUGAGCGUCCUGAAUCCAUGGCCGACGCCGUCCCCAUCGAGUUCUCCCCCGGCGUUAUUCUCGACUUGGACGACAAUCUCGGCGACCCCGAUAUCCACUUCUUCGAUCCCCGCAAGGCCACCAUGCACCACUGGUGGGCGUCAAUUUGCGACGACCAAAGCAAGUGGGCAAAGACCGUCGCCUCGAAGCGAGGGGAUUUUCCGGCGCCCAAAAUCGGCAAGGACUGGAAGGUGAUUCGAACGUCGACCGGUUCGUUCUUGAUUCCGCCGACGGGCAAGAAGUUGACCGAGAUCAACUUGGACUUGGAGAUUCAAAAGGCGCUCAUCAAGGAAGACGAACGCCCCUUCCUCCCCAUCGACCCUCCCGCCGACUUCCUCGAGCUCUGCGUACCUGGUCGGGCGGGACUUGACGAGGCGCCAAUCAACGGGUGGUUGGCAAAGUACCGUGGCGGCUGGCGAGUCGCUUGUACUCACUGCGAGACGAAGUACGCCGGCGGUAAAUAUGGCCACCUUCCCUUCCGCGCUCGAGAUAACGCUCGCCAGUGGAAGAUCAAGAGCACCGACGACGACGUAGUCCGGUGGGAAACUCCCCUCGCCUUCACUUCGACGUACGGUCCUCUCGUUCUUUGCCGGGCGGCAAUUCCCCUCGCCAAAUCUUCGUCGUUCUCGUCCUGCGGCCGAUGCAAGUCCCUCGGCGACAAGUGCGCCGACCCCGGCGCUGAAGAAAAGGACGACUGGGACUUCGACGUCAAGGACGAGGCGCAGACUGCGGUUCUACGCGUCGCCAAGAUCAUCCGGGGAUUUUGCCUCGGCCACUACGAGCUCAAGAACGACAAGAUUGAAGCCACGAGACUCGCCUUCGGAAUUCUCCGCAACGAAUGUUGCCACGACUUCCAGUGCGAUUUAAUUGACGGCGUCGUUCAAGAGCACGGUGCCGACCCCUCGGAAGAAGUCCAGAGAAUUCUGGCGGCGGCGCUUGACGGUUUGAGCAAGGUUUCGAAGCGUGCGGGUAAGAGGAAGGCUUAG